AUGGAGUCUAAUCUCCUGGACAGCCUCCUUGGCUUGGAGGAGCAGUUCUAUAAUGAGGGCUAUGGUCUCGGGGCGGCGGAUGGCGCCGAAGCCGGUUACACCGAGGGCAGCGUCUUCGCCGUGGAGAAAGGUUUCGAGAAAUUCGUUGAGAUGGGCCGCUUGUAUGGCAAAGCCCUGGUUUGGGCGCAACGACUCGCCGACUCAGAGCCACCAGAGCCUGCAGAACCCAGCGAUGCCCUUCCCCUCGAUCCAUCGAUCUGCAAAGACAUGGCAAGCCUGCCUCCGCACAGCACCCGGUUGACCAGGAACCUCCACACGCUGCUGGAGCUGGUUGACCCGGCCUCCCUAGACAUGUCCAACACCGAAGAAGCUGUCAAUGAUGCGGACGAGCGCCUCAAAGGUGCUGUCGUCAAGGCGAAGCUCAUUCAACGAGCGAUGGGCGAACGCGAGGAAAUGGACACUAGGGAAACACCAGUAUUGGGUGAUGGAACUGGCAGUAUUGAAGAUAUCAGCUCACUCAAAGUCCGCCAUUGA